AUGUCAAAUAACUUUUCAGAUCUUUUAACGAAGACUGUAUUCCAUGAAUCUCUUGUGCUUCGCAUUGUGGAAGUCAGUAUCAUAGUAAUUCUUAUUGUUCUCUGUGUAGUUGGUAACUGUUUGUUGUUUUACAUAAUAGUUACCACUAGUCCACGCUGGUGGACGACACCAGCAAAUUUCUUCAAUGUCAAUCUGGCAUUUACAGACUUGAUGGUCGGAAUCGUAGUGCUGCCGUUCAUGGCUAUGUCAAUCAGCUGGCAGUCGUGGCUGCUAUCGGACAUCCUGUGUCAGAGUACGGCGUUUGCCACGAUCCUGCUCAUGGCAAGUUCCACUCUGACAUUGUCGGUUAUUUCACUUGAUCGCUACUUCUGCAUCUGUUUACCACUUCGUUACCAAUCUGUAGUGACCACUGAGCGGGUGGCAUCUGUUGUCGCUGUUUUGUGGCUAACAAGCUUCCUAUUGGCCAGUAUACCACUGUUUGGUUGGGGUAGGUACACAUUCCGUCCUCAGUCCAUACCGAUAUGCAGUGUGCUUUUGGAAGGUCAGCAGCGACACGUCAUAUUGCUUUGGUCCUUCAUGAUAAUAUUGCCGGUAACAGUGAUGAUCUAUUCUUACAUGCAAAUUCUAAAGGUUGCUCGGAAACAAGCAAAUCAGAUUGGAUGUGUUGAGAACCAUUUCAAUUCUAGGAUGAUGACGGGAACUAAUGAAACCAUUGGAACAUCCCAGAAUGGAACCGUUUCUUUUGGGAACAACGACAGCAAGCACUUCGUGUCUCGCAGUUUGAAAUCCUUGAAAAUCGUUUCAAUUAUCAUUGGUACUUUCUUUUUGUGUUGGGGUCCGUAUAUAGGAUUCAACUUCUGGUGCCUGGAUAAUGCUAAACCAAUUCCUUAUCUGGGUGAUUUAUUGACAACGUUCUUGGCUUUCACGAACAGUUCUGUUAAUCCGUACCUUAUUAUAAUGUUCAACCGAGAUUUUAAAAUUGCAUUUCGAAAUAUUUUCAAGAGCAGGCAGCAGGAAUAAAGGAAAAACAGUUUGUGUAACCCAUUGUAAAAGAUAGCAAGAACAUGACCCAGACAUAGAGCUUUACACUGGACCUCAUAGAAAUA